CCCUCCUCCCCGUCUCGUUUUCCGGGCGCAAAAUGCCGUGAGCGGCGCCCGGUCGGGCGGGCCUGUGGAGGGCGGUCGGUCGGUCGGUCGUUCGCUGUCUCGGUGAGGGAGAGAAAGAGAGAGGCAAGGCCAGGCCGAGAGGAAGGGGAGGGGGCGACCCGGCUCCGUCCCAUGCUCCGUCGGCGGCGGGCGGCCCUUUCCUCCCCCUGCCCCUUCAUGCGGGGCCCGGGCCGGGGUCGCGCCGGAGAUGGCCAGGAAGACAGUUAGCAGGAAGAGGAGGGCGGCGGCCCCCGCGGCGGGGCCCGGAGGAGAGCAGUAUGGCUGGGACCACUCAGCUCACAAAAGGAAGCGGCUCCCCCCAGUUAAAAGGUCACUGGUAUGCUACCUGAAAGGAAGAGAGGUGCGGAUGCAGGAUGAGUCCAGCUACCACCGACUCCUGCACGGAUAUGCAGCCCAGCAACUGCCCAGUCUCCUGAAGGAAAGAGAGUUUCACCUUGGGACCCUCAAUAAAGUGUUUGCAUCUCAGUGGCUGAAUCACCGGCAAGUCGUGUGUGGGACAAAAUGCAACACAUUGUUUGUGGUCGAUGUCCAGACGGGUCAGAUUACCAAGAUUCCAAUUUUGAAGGACCGAGAACCAGACAUGGUGAACCAGCAGGGCUGCGGGAUUCACGCCAUUGAGCUGAACCCUUCCAGGACCCUCUUGGCUACGGGAGGUGACAACCCAAACAGCCUUGCAAUUUAUCGCCUGCCUACACUUGAUCCUGUCUGCGUGGGAGAUGACGGCCACAAAGAUUGGAUAUUUUCUAUUGCAUGGAUCAGUGACACCAUGGCUGUUUCUGGCUCCCGAGAUGGUUCAAUGGGGCUCUGGGAAGUGACGGAUGAAGUCCUAGCCAAGAGCGAUGCAAGACGCAACUUGUCUCGAGUUCCCGUCUAUGCUCACAUCACUCACAGGGCUCUGAAGGACAUCCCCAAGGAGAACACCAACCCGGACAACUGCAAGGUUCGGGCACUAGCUUUCAACAACAAGAACAAGGAGCUGGGAGCAGUGUCCCUGGAUGGAUAUUUCCACCUCUGGAAAGCAGAAUACACACUUUCAAAGCUGCUGUCAACGAAGCUACCGUACUGCAGGGAGAAUGUGUGUCUGGCCUAUGGUCAGGAGUGGUCUGUGUACGCUGUUGGAUCUCAGGCACAUGUCUCCUUUCUGGACCCAAGGCAGCCUUCCCACAACGUUAAGUCUGUCUGUUCCAGGGAGCGAGGCAGUGGUAUUCGCUCUGUGAGCUUCUACGAACACAUUAUCACGGUGGGGACCGGGCAGGGUUCCUUGCUGUUCUAUGACAUCCGAGCCCAGAGGUUCCUGGACGAGAAGCCGCCGCACAGUUGCUACGGAACAAAAUUAGGAGGAAGUGAAAUUCUCAAGUUGUCGACUGGCAAAGGUUGGCUGAAUCAUGAUGAAACCUGGCGGAAUUACUUUUCAGACAUCAGCUCCUUCCCAAACGCUGUUUACACCCACUGCUACGACUCGUCUGGCACGAAACUCUUUGUGGCAGGAGGUCCCCUUCCGUCUGGACUCCAUGGGAAUUAUGCUGGUCUCUGGAGCUAAGAACACUUUCCAAACAAAGAUCUUUCGUGCAAAUUAUUUCCCCCUCUGGCAUUUCUUUUUUAAAACACAAAGGAAUUGUGUGAUGACUACACUGUUCUCUUCUGGUUUUGAUGCAACUUGGGGUCAACCUUUUCUUUUGUUUUCUUUUCGGAAGGGGCGCAGCAUCUUCCACCCGUCUCCCAACAGUUUUUGUACAUUUUUUGAACAGUUUUAGUUUUGGUUUAAUCUCCUUUGAUCUUUCUACAACGGGGUUUAUAAACCCCUCUUUUUAUUGCAUUUCUUAAAAAUGGCUGGGUCUUUGCCCUGAGCUUAGGCUAACCAAACUUACAUGCCCCCCCUCCCCUUACUUUGCUGUGAGGUAGAAAUCCUCCAUUAGAUCGGCUGCUGCCAAGCUUUCUGUGAAAGCCCAGGGGCUGCGAGUGCGAGUGUGUGUGUGCGUUGGGGUGUAUGUACGUACGUGCUGGUACUUUGUCAGUCACAUUACCUGGAAUAAAAGCUUCUUGUAAUUAAAAGGAAAAAAAUUAAAAAGUAUUUAUAUAAUGAGAUACGUUACUACUUUAUCCACAGAGCCCAGCUUGCACCUGGCUUCACAUUAUUUUGAAAAGUACAAGUUUAAUGAUGCUGUACUGGGUCCAACAUGUGACCUGUGUUCUAGGUCUGUCUUCCCUUCUCUUUUCCCCUUUCCUCCUCCCACAGAUCCACAGGAAGGAUAUGAGUGUAUAGAUGGUUGCAGGGCGAAAUUCGUGGUCCAUGAGAGCUCUGUGAACGAGGUGGUGGAGGAAGAAAUGGCCAAUUUUCACAGUCCACCUGUGUUAGAUUUUUAGUUCUGCUGGGUGAACUGCUUUCUGAGACUGGCCCCAUAGAUCUGCCAAAUAACUACCCCAAAUGGCCUCCAGCGUUGAAAAUUGUGUGUGGCCCAGCUCAUUAAUGCCACUGAAACGUCUUUUAGCACUGCAGGCAGGGAUAGUGACUAAAAAUGUAAACCCUACAUAGCUCUGUUUAACAUGGAGUGGCAAUGUCUGCCUUGUGUUGGGUUUAUUAGCAAGGCAAUCCAAGAUCCCACAAGGAAGCAGCACGAGCCAUAGGCUGGUCUUCUGGACUUACUGCACACGAGCGGAGACUUUUUGCCCGUGCCUGGCCUUUGGGGCUUUCUUGAUGGAAGUCCCACAGGGACCCAUGUGGCUGUUCUGCCGCUGACCCGGGUGCAGCUGCUCUCUGUAAUUCGUAACCCCUCUAAAUUGGACCAUCCAAGAAAAUGCACUUGCAGCACGGCGUUUGUUGCUAUGGCAAAAUGCUUGGUUUGCUUCCUCUCUGCCAAGACAAGAAACAACACCGCAAGACAAAAUCGGAGCUUUAAGCCCUUUUGCUUCUUCUCAGCUGGAGUUCAGUUUUGCUGCCCAGUUUGCCAAAGGAUGCUGCUGCUGCUGUGCCACAAAGAAACUGCACUUGUGGGGCUGGAAAUAAGUAGCGAGCUGAAGAAAUCCACGUCUUAGGCGAGACUGGCUGAAGUGUCCCUCUGUGUGGUUUAAUACUCUGGCCUGGCAUUCUUCCAAGCAGCUUCUGUGGGUUCUGGAUAAUGUUAGCCAUGCACUGGGCAUGGUGCAGAGCUUUCUGCCUCUCCUAUUGUAGCGAAGGAGCGGGAGUAUUGGCCUUCGGCUGUGGUUGUCCAUUGUGUCUUCGGUUUCUUUGUUAUGGAGGCCUGUGUGGAACACAGACUCAUGCAGAAGGAGCUGUGCUCCUCCGAGCUUUGAAGGAAGCCCUUUAUCUGGAUGGCAUAGUCUGAAAGUAAGCCUGUUUUUACCCCUGGGGUUGGCAAAGAGAUGGAUGAAAUAUGCCUCCAAUUUCUAAUUCAUAUGAUGGGUUUUGGCUGUCAGAAGUCUGAGAUCUAAAGAGAGCCACUGCCAUGAUACUUUUUUGGCGAGGUGCAGCAGCUGGCACUAAGUUGCGGCUUUAAUACUGUGCAAGCUUAAAGGGUUCCUUGUGAAUGCAACUGUGCCCCUGGACUUUGGUCUGGAGCCUGAAGAAAACAUAUUUCAUGGUAACAUUAGCUUCUCUCAUUCCACUUACGAUCUGAGAUUCUUUCCAACAAAAGGGGGAGAGAACUUCUAAAAGCACCUGUGGUGUCAAAUGUUGGGAUCCUUGUUAAGUCCUUAUUUCAUCUUCCAUCUUACGAUUGAGAAAAGCGGAGGCCGCAAGAAGAGUUUAUGCCUCCAGACACUGAGGCUGCAUCAUGUAUUCCAGGGCAGCCAUUUUAACAGCAAUGUUUUUGAUCCGUUUUGUAUUUGUUUUGUGGUUCUCUUUCGCAGGCUAUCUUGAAAACCUAGAUUAAUAAAAUUUAAGAAAAGCAAAACACCACAGUGAGCCAGACACACGAUGUGAUGCUGUCUGUCAGCUCCAGCUCCUGGAUCUGCGUCCCUUCGUCAUAAACAUAGUCAUAAACAUGGUAGAGUUUUACAUGUGUACAUGUAAACACUCUCUAUAGGCACAUGGCUGCAAGGGCCUUUUUCAUGCAUUUAUGAGAGUUUGUCGAAUAACUGCCCCCCUUCCCCGAAUAAAACAGUUCCCAAAAAAUCAUUUCCACUCUUAAGUGCCUGGACACACAGGAAACACUGAGGGCUGUUUCACAGAUCAUGUGUCGCAAAGAAGGGCCUGCUAACGAAACAUGGGUUAGCCAGGGUUGGACCCCCAGCUAACAGCUAUAUGAUAUAUCAGUUUGCAAAGGGUCUGUGCCAUCUGUAUGCCAUGUUUUGAACUUUCUGCUUCCAACAUCUUAGACAGGGUUGGGUCCAGUGGUGGUGCUCAAUUGGUGGUAAAACAUCUAUCAGUGGAACGGAGUGAAGCAGGUUUUGGGGUUUUUUUUGUAAUUCCCCUUUCUACCCUACAGCUACACUACACCUAUUAAAUCUGCUGCACAGCAGUCAGGGCUCCUCUAGAGCAGAUUUAGGGGGGCCCCGCCCCCUAAAUUCCACUGAUGGAUACCUGAGUGUCAGGUAAGCUACACUGUUAGAUACAUACCCUGGGGAAAUUGUGAAUCUGCUCGUAAGUCAAACCAAGUGGGGUGUUUCUGAGACAUAAUCCCAGCAGCUUUGGAGACUGUAGUGUCCCUCCCAGCCUUGCACGAGAAACGCCGUUUCCUUCCAUUCCCUUGAGGUGAAAUGAAUGUCGUCAUCUGGGUGCUGGAUCUUAAACCUCCUUAAACUUGUACUUUUAAAAAUGGGCCUGUGCACCUGGUCAACUCUUGCUCAUAGCCUCCCACAGUCUCAGGGUUAUAUGUCACUACAAUUUUCAUCCAAAUGACAGCACACAGGACCAAUCAGAGGUUAACGUGCCUUUCUCCUACGGUACCUUGAUCUUUGCAAAGCUGCCUACAACAGGAUUUGCUGUUUGUCACAGUCUUUCAUCUGGAUAUUGUUUUGUCUCUUUUUCUAAAAUAUACAUAUAUAUAUAAUGAUAAUGAAAUGUUCUAAGCUGCAACCAACCUGUUCAGUGAAUUGUAACUUUUUUAAUUUGAUGUUCAAGAGUGGUGUAUAAAAUCAAAUGUGUGGA